AGUACCGUAUUUUGGGAAAGAAAGGGGAGGGAACAUUUUCUGAAGUUCUGAAAUGUCAAAACAUUAAAGACGGAUCCUUCAGGGCCUGCAAAAAGAUGAAACAGACUUACGAGAGUAUAGAGGAAGUCAACAACUUGCGAGAAAUUCAAGCAAUGAGACGCCUGUCUCCACAUCCAAACAUUCUUGAGCUGCAGGAAGUCCUCUU